CAAUGUCUCUUUCUAAUCAACAAAUUACACGUCUACAAGAUUGUAGAGAUAAAUCAAAAAAAGUUUAUGAAAACUAUGAUGAAAAACUUAAACUUUUUUUAGAGGAAAAAUUACAAGAGUUGAAAAAAAUAGAUAGUUCCUUUACUACCUUUGAUAAUGAACAAAUGAAUAAUGCAAAAAUAGCUUUUCAAGAGAUACAAGCUGAAAAGAGUGCCAAAGAACUUUAUGGUGAAUUUCCAUUUCAUGAUUUAUGGAAAAUUUUGGGUAUUGCAUUAUCAGCCGACCCAUAUGGUGUUGCACCAAUUAUCUUUGGUGCUCUAAACCUUCUUUUUGAAAAACUUGGUUUAUUCAACAGCCAAGAGGUGUUUUUCAAACAAAUCAUGGAAGCAGUUGAAAAGCUCAUUGAUAAAAAACUAAGUGAUGAAAGAAAAAGACAAUGCAUUAUUAGAUUCCAACAAAUUCAAAAAACUGGUGAUGAUUAUUAUAUUUUGGCUGAAGAGUAUUUCAAAAGAAAUGGUAAUAAAAAUGUAAAUGAUUCCUUAAUAUCAAAUGAAAUCAAAUCAAUGCCAAAUGAAACCCUCUCAUCAUCUCUCCAAGUCCAGCUAAUUCUAUAUCGUGAUAAAAUUACUGAUGGUUUGAUUUAUUUUGAGGAAGAAAGUGAAUUGAUAAAUACCAUUGGGUUAUAUAUUUUAACCGCUUCUCAAUACCUAUGUAUUCAAAGAGAUUGUGUGCUUUAUGGUAAAGAAUGGGGUUUCAGUGAUUUUGAUGUUAAUGAUGCUAGAUCAAGAAUCCAUUCUUAUACAAUUGACUUUUAUAAAACCAUACUUAAUGCUGGAUGGAAACUUUCACGUCAUGUUCAUGGUGAAAAUCUUUCACCAGUAUAUGGAUACUAUCGUCCACCCUAUUUUGAUGCUGCUACAGUAUUCAGAAGUGCUGACUUCACCUAUUUUCCAGUCAGAGCUUUUGACUACACUUCAACUCCUCCAAAUAUUAUUGAAGUUGAUGAUUCCAAAGGAUCACAUUUAUUUGGACUACCCCCUUCAUUAGGUUGGAAUACAUUUACACAUAGUUUGGCAGGUGGUUACCAGGUCCUUUCAGCACAAAACAUCUAUUUACCAUCAAUAUAUGUAAUUAAAUUCCCCAGUGCAAAAUCAAGAACAUUCAAAAUCAAAUUCCAUCAUAGAAUUUUUAAUGAAGCUAAUUGGACAUUAGUUGCUGGAGCUGUAGUUGAAAACUUUGUUUUUAAAGAAGGUACUGAAACUGAAAAAAGAAAUCCAUUCUUUGUUUAUCAUGAAAACUAUGAUCAUAAUCCAUCCUAUGGUGUAAAUGAAACAAAGGCAAUAACAGUUUCCACUCAACAAGUUAUGCUUACUUCAAAUAGAUCAUACACUAGUGAAAAGGUAACUGGAUAUAAGGGUACAUCAAUUCUCUAUUUAAUCGAAAUUAUUUUUGAUUAAAUUUUCAUUUUUUGUCCAUAAUUUUUGAUUAAAUUUUCUAUAAAAUUUCAAAAUAAAUGUUAUAUCAAAUUUAAAUGUUUAAUUAUUUUUAAAAAUCAUUUCAUAUCCAUAAAUAAUUAUAUUAAUUAAUAAUAUAACCUUUGUGUGGGCAAUAUAGUUUAAAAAAAAUUAAAAAAAUUAAAAAAAUUUUUUUUUUUUUUUUUGAUUUAUUUUUUUAUAUUUCUUAAAAAUAAUGGCAUGGAGAAAUGAUAAAUCAUUUUCUGAAAAGAUUACAAAUUUUAGUCACCAAUUUUUUGAAAAGAAAUUAGCUAAAAAAGGUAAGCCCAAUAUUGAAAAUAACGAAUGGACAGUACUAGCAACAAUUGUAUUGGUAAUUGACAAUC